CGCUCGCCGCCCGCCGAGUUCCCGCGGCCGAGAGUGGGUGAAAGUCCUGCUGCCGGGCGCCCGCGGGGCUGCGCGCGUCCGGCAUCCCGGGGCCGCUCCGGCCCGGGCGGCGAGGGGGCCCGGCGGUCCAUGCAUCCGCCGCCGCCGGCCGCCGCCGCCGCGAUGGAUUUCAGUCAGAACAGCCUGUUCGGCUACAUGGAGGACCUGCAGGAGCUCACCAUCAUCGAGAGGCCGGUCCGCCGGAGCCUCAAGACACCAGAAGAAAUAGAAAGACUGACAGUUGAUGAAGAUCUCAGUGAUAUUGAAAGGGCUGUUUAUCUGCUCAGUGCUGGUCAAGAUAUCCAGGGAACAAGUGUGAUUGCAAAUCUUCCAUUUUUGAUGCGACAGAAUCCUGCUGAAACACUUCGGAGAGUCUUGCCAAAAGUUAGAGACGCCCUGCACGUGGCGGGUGUGGAGAUGCAGCUGACGGCUGCAGGCUCGUUUCUCACCAUUCUCCAGGAAGACUCAGUGUCAAUUCAUACAUAUGCCCACUCCUUCCUCCAAGUCAUUCUUCUGCAUCUGGAGCACAGGGACGCAGGCGUCAGCAAUGCGUGGCUGGAAACUCUGCUGUCCGUGAUCGAAGUGCUGCCCAAAGAGACCCUAAGGCACGAGAUUUUGAAUCCACUUGUUUCCAAGGCACAACUUUCCCAGACAGUCCAGUCUCGCUUAGUUAGUUGUAAAAUCUUAGGAAAAUUGACUAACAAAUUUGAUGCCCAUACCAUUAAAAGAGAAAUACUUCCCUUGGUGAAAUCACUCUGUCAAGAUGUAGAAUAUGAAGUUCGAUCUUGUAUGUGUCGGCAAUUAGAAAAUAUAGCUCAGGGCAUUGGGACAGACCUGACAAAAAGCGUGGUGCUCCCUGAACUGAUAGAACUCUCUAGGGACGAAGGCUGCAGUGUGCGUCUUGCAGCGUUUGAGACUUUGGUUAAUCUGCUUGACGUGUUCGAUACAGAUGACAGAAGUCAAACUAUACUUCCCUUAGUGAAAUCAUUUUGUGAAAAAUCUUUCAAAGCUGAUGAAUCAAUUCUUGUUUCCUUAUCUUUCCACUUAGGAAAGCUAUGCCACGGACUAUAUGGGAUUUUUACUCCAGAUCAACACUUGAGAUUUUUGGAGUUUUAUAAGAAACUUUGUACAUUAGGUUUGCAACAAGAAAAUGGACACAGUGAAAACCAGAUUCCACCCCAAAUCCUAGAGCAGGAGAAGAAAUAUAUUUCAGUGCGGAAGAACUGCGCUUACAACUUUCCGGCCAUGAUUGUUUUUGUCGAUCCUAAAAACUUCCACAUGGAACUCUAUUCUACAUUCUUCUGUCUUUGUCAUGACCCUGAAGUACCAGUCAGAUACACUAUCGCCAUUUGCUUCUAUGAGGUGUCUAAACUUCUGAAUUCUGGCGUAUAUUUAAUACAUAAAGAAUUAAUAACAUUAUUACAAGAUGAAUCACUGGAGGUACUAGAUGCUCUUAUAGACCAUCUUCCCGAAAUUCUGGAACUUAUGUGUGCCGGUGGAGAAAGCAAUAUUCAAGAAAAUAAGUUAUCCUCUCUGCCUGACUUGAUUCCAGCACUCACAACCGCUGAGCAGCGAGCUGCAGCCUCUUUAAAAUGGAGAACUCAUGAGAAGCUGCUCCAGAAAUACGCCUGUCUGCCACACGUCAUAUCAAGUGAUCAGAUUUAUUACCGUUUCUUACAAAGAAUGUUCACGAUCAUGAUGACAAACAAUGUCUUACCUGUCCAGAAGGCAGCUUCACGAACUCUGUGCAUUUUUCUGCGCUAUAAUCGUAAACAAGAACAGAGACAUGAGGUCAUUCAGAAAUUAAUCGAACAACUGGGCCAAGGAAAAAGUUAUUGGAAUAGACUUCGAUUUUUGGAUACCUGUGAAUUUAUUAUAGAAAUCUUUUCCAAAUCAUUUUUCUGUAAAUAUUUCUUUCUACCUGCUAUUGAACUGAUACAUGAUCCAGUAGCAAAUGUGAGAAUGAAACUUUGCUACUUGUUACCCAAAGUGAAAUCUACUCUGAAGAUCCCUGCAGAUAAGCAUCUACUUCAGCAGUUAGAGAUGUGUGUGAGGAAACUUCUGUGUCAAGAGAAAGAUAAAGAUGUCCUGGCUAUUAUAAAAAGAACCGUGUUGGAGCUGGACAGAAUGGAAAUGUCCGUGGAUGCUUUUCAGAAAAAGUUUUAUGAAAAAGAUUUGUUGGAUCAAGAGAAAGAGAGAGAAGAACUACUUCUUUUGGAAAUGGAGCAGUCGGAGAAGGAGAAGCAGCAAAGUGACGGGAGGCCCAUGAGCGAGAGAACCUAUGAGAAGAAACGUAGAGACACCAAGACACCAACAACGUUGCCCAAGAACACCCCCAUUUCUGCCCCUGGGCCCUCUUCCAGCACCCCAUCGACAAGCAAAGAAAUCAAGAAAUCCAAACUGAUUCGGAGCCAGUCCAUCAAUAAUCAAACUUUUCAUGCAAAAUACAGCAACUUAGACAAGUGUGCUAGUAAAAGUUCUGCAGCAGCAUACACAACUUCUGUCUCAGGGUUAGCGAAGACUCCUAUGGUCUCCCUCACUGGAGGAUGGAUAAACAAAUGUGGACGCGUCCAUGCAGUGGAGUGCCGGUCAGCAAUAAAACGGAGUGAAAUGUCGACACACACCACAACAGGGGGAACCCUCAACAUGAUGAUGCUGAAUGAAGCCAGACCAAAAAAAAAUGACUCAUUCCGGACGCGCAAUGCCAGUAGCCUGCCGGGGUCCUUCUCUCCUAGUACACCCCUCCCGAGCACCUCCCGUGGGGCCGGGAACUCAGCUGAUCCCAAGAGCAGUGGGAGUAAAGACACACAGCCACGCAAGGCCACCUUAAAAUCCAGGAAAUCCAAUCCUUAAAUCAUCUGCUUGGCAAAGGAGGCAAAACAAACACAAGUGGAGACAAUAUAAUUGAUGGACAAAAGCUAACGCAAUGGCUGGGGCUCCUUUUUUUUAAACGAAUGGAAAGAGAUACGUUAUGGCAGCUGGUGUUGCUAACAGUUCCAUAUUUGAAAUUAGAUUCUGUAGGAGGAAUAAUAUAUAUUUCUUAAAUAAUAACGUGGUUACAGAAUUCCAAUGUUAUAGUGAGUGUGAUGAAAAACAACUUUAGUAUUGCUUUAACUACUGCUGCAGAAGAGACCAGUGUGCAUUUAUUUAUGCAGGAAACCAUCUAUUUACUUGAUCUAGAGCUUUAGCAUUUAAAAAUUAUAUGGAAGUCUGUAUCGACUGAAACGGCCAUAGCUGGAGGAUUGCUCGGAGGGGCCUUGGGAGUUAGAAAGACAAGACAUUCGUUUCUGAAGAAUCUCCAAGCUGGUUGAAAAGUCCCACUGAAAGGGGCACCAGUAGCUAGCUGUCUGCAAUCUUAUCAGUCCGUUAGUGGUGACAGUGUGUUGCAGGGUAUUCUGAAAUUUAAAUUUGGCAAUGAGUAUUCCACAAAGUUUUCUGAUACCUUUUAGCCACAACUACCUUCAAAAUAAUAGAUCGAUGAUUUCCUUUAUUUCCUAGAAGAGUUUAUUUUAUACAUACCUUGUUUACAUUUUAGAUUGUAUCUGUCCUUAAUUAGGAAUGAUGAGUCUAGUUGGAAUCAGUUGUUAUUCCGAGCUAUCAUGCUUCAGCUACGUCAGCAGCAUUCAUUUGUACUAACGCUAAUAUUUCCAUCCCAAUUUGCCUGUGGAAUAUAUAUGAUCGUUAAUUUUAAAAUGUCAGUUCUUGAGAUAUACUGUAUGAAGCUAUUGUCAGCUUCUCUAUUUCAGAAUGCAAUCAGCAUAUAACUAUAUUGAUAUUAGAAAAUACUUGUUUUUUUAAUAUAUUGAUGUAUGAUAAAGAUGAUCUAAUUUGUGAAUGCAUAUGCGUGUGUGGUUACUUUUUAUAAUGUAAAAUAAUGAAUAGUGAAUUUACUCAAAAUAAAACAUAGGUUAAUGAGAUACCUGUGUUUGUGAAAAAAGUUUUAAAUACUUCUCUGCAGUUUUUAUUCCACGAUUAAAGAGUAAGACAGUUCAUGUCCAAGCAAUGAGUAACAGAAGCGUACGACAUCAGCUACAAAUGACUCAGGAACAGGUGCUCAGUGUGAAACUUUUAUGCCACUUCUGUCCCCAUUUCCUCACAGCGGGCCCUUUUGGGGGCUCUUUUUAGUGAUUUUUAAUAUGUUUCAGUUAAGGAUAGGUUAAUGGAAUUGUUCACCUACCCACUUGUCAGUACUUAGAAACUGAGUAGACACGAGAAGCUUGACCGUAUACGAAGGCUAACUUAGUACAUUCUUUGCGAAUUUCACUAAACUAUUUUCAUGAUGUCUCCUACCAGCGUCACUAACGUGGACUUGAACUCUGUGAUCUGGGAGAGAGUAUUUAUGGUGAGUGCAUGGGACUCAGAGUGACACCAGUUUUCCCAGCGCUUUGAUUCAUAACCUGCAUUGACUCUUGUUAUUUUAAAUAAAAUGGAGAAUUUCAGUUAAUUUGUUCAGUAAUCAAUUUGGCAGUUAGGGACUUUUACUUCCUUUAUGCAUGUGAGAGAGAGGAAAGUGAUUUGACAGAGAAACGUCACUCCUGCUUGCAGAAUUCGGGGAUUUACAGACGUCGGCUGCAGUCUUACUCCAAAGGUACCAAGUUGUCAAUGAAGACAGUCAAUAAAAAUG